CGGGCGCGAGGCCGGAAGCCGGAAGUCGGCAGCCGGAGCUGACGCGGCGCAGCCCCGGCAGCGCAGCGGCCGCCAUGGAGCGGGACGGGGAGCAGCUGUCGGCGCGGCCGGCCCUGGAGUCGGAGGGGCUGCGCUUCCUGCACGUCACCGUGGGCUCCCUGCUGGCCGCCUACGGCUGGUACCUGGUCUUCGGCUGCGUCCUGCUGUUCGCGGCCUUUCAGAAGCUCUCGGCCCGCCUGAGGGCCUCCAGGCAGAGGCGGCCGGACCCGGCGGCGGCUGCUGUAGCUCCCGAGGAUGUUGUGAGACGGCAGGAGGCUUUAGCGGCCGCGCGCCUGAAAAUGCAGGAGGAAUUAAAUGCCCAAGUAGAAAGGCACAAGGAGAAACUACGACAGGCCUUUGUACCUGAAAGGCAGAGUGGUCCUGCAGACGCACACUCAUCCCCUCUUCACCCCCCUCACAGCUUGAGGAAGAGAAACGGAGAAGGAAGAUUGAAAUGUGGGACAGCCUGCAAGAGGGGAAAAGCUACAGAGGCCAUGCCAGGAAGCCUCAGGAAGAAGACAACCCCAGCCCUUCUACUUCAUCCAGCCUCCCCAAACGGCCAGCCGACAGGAAGCCCCUACGUGGGGGUGGUUAUAACCCUUUGUCUGGGGAAGGAGGAGGAGCCUGCACGUGGAGACCUGGACGCCGAGGCCCAUCAUCUGGGGGAUGAGGCUAAGAAAGCCUUGCCCGUGUCACUUGACACGAAGCAAGCCAGCCCUCACCCCCAACCCCCUUCAAUUGCCUUACGCACCCUUUCUCACAGUGACCAACCAAGCCCGGGGGCAUGGGGCUCACUUCUGUCCUCCACCUGCACAGCACCCACCAGGCACCAGCGGGUCCCCAUCUCCGAAGGAGGCACCUGACCCAAUCCAGAACACUGGGACCUAGAGGAACGGCCCCCUCUCACACAGCCCUUUGCUGCUGCUAGGACAGUCUCUGUGAUAGGUUGCGUCGAAUGACGUCCUCCUUGUAAAUGGUGAAGCCACCACCAAGGAUUACCGAGGCUCACAGUUGACGGGGUUUCUGUAGACCUGCACAGAACACUUUGCAAGGUAUAAACGUUUUUAAAGCUGCUGUC